UAUCUUUAUAAUUUCUUUUACUUAUAUAAUCAAGUAGUUAUGAAAAGAUGCAAUCCUUUAAAAUUUUAUUAUUAAAUCAAUUUCUUUUUAAGAAAUUUAGAGUUUUACUUAUAUAGUUGACGCUCGGAUUAUGUCGGGAUUUAAGUAGCUGAAUCAGGUUGGGUUGGUCAGAUUAAUUUUUCAGGUCCAGGAGGUGAUUUCUUCCCAAAAUUCAAGUAUAAGCCUUCCUUCUCUCGCAGUAGAGUCGAUUAGGGAGACUGACCCCACCAAUUGCUAGGAGAGAAAAGAGACAGAUUCCAAAGAAACCCAAUGCCAAUGGAGAAGGGACACUGAGAGAGGAAGAUUCUGGCCUCUUCCUAUCUCAAGGUGGUAACUCGUGUGAUGAAAGUGAGUCUUCUAUUCUUUUUAUAUUCUUAUAUUUGGCCAGGUUUCAACUUUUGGAUUUACUUCCCUGCGAGCGCCAUUGGAGAAGAAAAAGAAGAUGAUGGAAAAAGACGAUGAUUAUUACUUGUCAUUAUUAACUAGAUGAGACAUGGAGCCUUCAGCUAAAACAUAUUCUAUGGAUCAUCAUGAACCUCUUCUUUCAACUUAUGGUGUGAAGAAGACACCUCUCUUUACAUCAUCAGUCAAAUGGAUUCUCAAGUUUCUAAUGUGGGUUAUUUUCGUUUCAUGGGUUGCUUUUAUCUUUAUUUAUCCUACGCAAUUUGGCAAUGAAUUGUUUGAGAAAUGGAUUCAUGCCACCAGUGGAACUCUUUUUGGUCUUUCAGGAAGCAUAUUCCUGUUAUUGAGCGGACCAAUUCUUCUCAUUGCAUUUCUUUCCAUUGCACAUCUUAUCAUCGCCGGAGAUGAGGGGUUCAAGCAGAAGAAAGAUUCAAGGUAUCCGAGCGUCCGCCUGUGGACAUUUCCUGUUCUCGUAGAUGGACCAUUUGGGGUUGUCUCUGCUGCUGAGUUCAUUGGGAUUCUCCUCUUUAUUGUGUACAUUGUGUGGGCUAUUUAUGCUUAUACCAUACAGAAUAUCAGCCUUAUCUCUGAGUGGCAUUUAAAUUUUAAAUUAAAAAGCAUUUGGCUGAUAGAAUUGACAGGACUUCGACUUGGUAUGAUUGGAUUAUUUUGCUUGGCAUUUUUGUUUCUUCCAAUUGCACGAGGAUCAGUUCUUCUCCGUAUUAUUGAUAUCCCUUUUGAGCAUGCUACAAGGUACCAUGUAUGGUUGGGACACUUAACAAUGUUGCUUUUUACUCUCCAUGGGCUAUUUUAUGUAGUUGGAUGGGCAAUGCGGGGCGACCUCCUUUAUGAAAUAAUGGAAUGGAAAGAUGUUGGCUUUGCCAAUCUAGCAGGAGUUAUCAGUCUUUUAGCUGGACUUUUCAUGUGGGUAACAUCACUUCCUGGUGUGAGAAAGUGGAAUUUUGAAUUGUUCUUCUACACCCAUCAACUAUAUGUGGUCUUUGUCCUCUUUUUGGCGUUCCAUGUUGGCGAUUUUGUUUUCAGCAUAGCUGCUGGUGGAAUAUUCCUUUUCAUGCUUGAUCGGUUUUUGAGAUUCUGCCAAUCACGAAGGACUGUAGAUGUAAUUUCAGCUAAAUGCCUUCCAUGUGGAACAGUGGAAUUGGUCCUUUCAAAACCAGCAAGUAAUGACAGUUCAUCACCUGUAUUUCAUUUCCUGCUUAUCUUCUGUUACAGCAUGCAUCUUAUUUUCCACUUUUACAAUGCAGAUCUGCGGUACAAUGCCCUUAGUUUCAUUUUUCUUCAAAUUCGGGAGUUAUCAUGGCUGCAAUGGCAUCCUUUUAGUGUAUCAUCCAGUCCUUUGGAUGGCAAAUAUCAUCUAACCAUUCUCAUAAAGGUUCUUGGGAAGUGGACAGAAAAACUAAGAGGAAAUGUGAAGAAUAGAUCUGAGGCAGAAGUAGCAGAACUCCAGGAUCAACCUUCCCAACCACAUCCAAAGAUAACAGCUUGUGUUGAGGGGCCAUAUGGGCAUGAAGUGCCAUACCACUUGAUGUAUGAGAACCUUAUUUUAGUAGCUGGCGGCAUUGGAAUUUCACCUUUCCUUGCAAUCUUGAGUGAUGUUCUCCACCGUAUAAAUGAAGAAAGGGCCUGUUUACCAAAGAAUAUUUUGGUUACUUGGGCUAUUAAAAAGUCAUCUGAGCUUCCUCUUCUGUCAACUAUCGACAUGGAGUCAAUUUGUCCAUAUUUCUCUGACAAACUUAAUCUGGAGGUUCAUAUUUAUGUUACCCGUGAAACAUAUGCCCAGUUGGAAGAGGGAUUAGUUCACAAGGCCACAAAUUCUUCUGUCAUCACUUCAUCCAAGGGAUGUGGCAUGUCAGUUUUGGUUGGAACAGGUGAUAACAUAUGGUCUGGACUUUAUGUUAUUAUAUCUUCGAUGGGGUUUGUUAUUUUAUUGGGAUUGGUAGAUGUUUACUACAUAAAUGAAUAUGGCAUACAUUCAUGGUGGUACAAAGGACUUCUUUUUAUAGCAUGUAUGGUGGUGAGCAUACUUGUCUUUGGGGGCUGUGUUGUUGGUUUGUGGCAUCUGUGGGAAAUGAAAAUGUCAGCACUGGAAGAAAACAAGGAUAAUGGGUUAAAGACUCGCGAGGUGAAGAAUAAUGAAAAUGUGGCAAACAAGGAUUUGUAUGGGAAAAACUAUGCAAGUUCUACCAUGAUACAAUAUGGUUCAAGACCAGACUUCAAAGAAAUAUUUGGAUCUAUAUCGAAGCGGUGGGGCCAUGUUGAUGUAGGUGUCAUUGUAUGUGGUCCUCCUAAUCUGGGGACAAGUGUUGCUAGAGAGAUCAGGUCUCAGAACUUAAGGAGAGAAUCCCAUGACCCAGUUUUCCAUUACCACAGCCAUAGCUUUGAUCUGUAAUAUAUAGCCAGUUAACAGCAUCAAGUUUAUAAUACUGAAAUUUCCAAUGCUUGUAUAGUAUAUAUGAAGGUCUGUAGUUAUGUAAUAUGUGAAUGAGACAGGAUGCUGUUUCUGCAGUUAUAGUAUAAUGUAUCUAAUCAGACCUUGCCUCCAA